AUGUGUAAGAUUGUAAACAGGGAGUGUGAGGCUAUCUGUCGACCUUCCUCCAGAAGCUUGUUUCGAGACUCCUCGUAUGAGGCGAUGUUGUCCUUCACUAUCAGCAGAACAGCUCAGGAUCCACAGACACAUACACCUACUCUCUGGAAACUGCUAAGGGCAGCCAUCAGCCAUGAUUCCAGCAUGAUGGAAAGAAGUAGCAGACAUAUUGCACAUGCAGUGAUGGCUUCAUCAUGUCUUUUGAAAGCUCGAAACAGAUACAUGUCGUCUGUGCAAUCUGUUGUCAGUGUUGUCCUGUUCAACUCAGGAGCCAAGAAAAGAGCUUACAACAGACUGAAUCAUUUGGGAAUCUCCAUGUCACACAAGAGGACUUUAAGAAAGAUUAGAGCAAUGGCCAAGAACUAUAACUCUGUCAUGCUGUCUUGGAAGGCGAGCAUAGAGAGCCAUGUUGCAAUACAGUCCUCCAUUCCAGAGGUUCGAUCUGUUGCAGGUUCUUUACCUGUUGCUACCUGUGUCUUGCCUGCUUUUGACAAGACAAAUUCUGACUUGAAUAGUUCUGAGAAUUCUCUGUCUUCUUCGUCAUCUUCACAUAGCGUGGAAACAGAGGAGGGCAAUGAUGAGAUGCAAGACCUGUCACAGAAAAGCUUUCAAGUCACAGGAGACAAUCUAGACAUUUCAAUUAAGACAAAGUACAUGUCCAUUGAUCGACGAAACAAGUCAUUGCACUGGUUUAAUGUUAUUGCUAGCAAUGAACGUGUCAUCAAUGCUGACCUGGCAACAUCAAGACCUAGGUGUUCAAUUUUGUCUGUCCCGGACACUGCUUUCCUGCCAUCAGUGCAAGAGAAUGAGAAGCUUCAUGAGGAAUUCGCAAUUUUGGUGGAGAGGAUCUUGGUCAAAUAUUUGCCUGCUUUUGCUCUCUUUGAAAACUACGUGUGUAAGCACAUCAUGCACAAGUUUUCCAAGGAAGCAAGCCAACAGUCUGAACAGCAUUGUCUGGGUCUCCUUCAGUUUGAUGAAAACAAAGACAUGCUUCAAAUUUUGACACAUAUCAGCAAAAUGUAUGUCCCUCAUUUUUAUAAAGAUCAGCGAGAAGAACGUAUUCCAGAAGCACCUUUGCAUCGAGUACAGUUUGGAGGUGAUCAGCUGACUGCUGAAAGAAUCAGGAAUUGUCAAAAAGCCAUCAUUAAUGGAUCAAGCCCAUUUGAGAGACUGGAAGGUGUCUUUACCCAUGCAGAAGAUUUCCAUUGCAUGAUGAAUUUUGUGAAUCUCAUCUUUGCGAAGUUCUAUGACUCUCGUAGCAUGAAGGAUGUGGGAACUAUGUAUCAACUACGAAACCAACUUGACAGGAGGGAUGUCGGGAAGGACACCACUAAACGCUAUAGAUCUUGCAAUGCAUUUUUGAAUGAUGUGCUUGAUGGUUAUAUUGUAGCUUGUGCUGUGGUCCAUUUUAACAUGCGAGAUGUGGAAGACAUUGCUGCUCCCCCAGGAAUGCCAAAGAGUUCAGAAGCUGCCUGGUUCCACGAGGAAGUGCUAAGGUUGGUUGAUCACUAUGUGCUGCAGUGGACAGAAGCUAGUCAUGAUAGAGGUAGAUUCCUGGAAUCCAUUCAGACAGUAGAGCGAGGUAGUGCAGUGGCUGUUGUUGCUGAUGGUCAUGUUGUUGAUUUUGAGAACACAAGCAUCCCAGUGAGUGUUCAGUGUAGCACUUCAGAUCAUCCAGCUUCAGAAGCCUGUUCUGUUGUUCAGUCAUCAAAUUCAACAACAUUUCAACAAGUGCAGGAUGAUGACUACAGAAGUGGACUUUGGGCACUUUUGAGUAGAUUGAGGUCAUUGCAGCAACCGCAAGUGUUUAGCUCCAUCGAUGCACGACAAGCACAUGAACUCCAACUACACUUUGUCUCCAUCUCUGAAUCAUCAGAUUCAGUUGAGAGAGCUGCAGCAGCAGACGGUAAUCAAUCCUUUACUCCUGAGGACCAUAUAUUUAAUUACUACUCAAAUUUUAUGAAAAUGGCCUUACUGGAAAGGAAUUUCCAAGAUGCUGUUGGAGAAAUGGAUGGUGAAAGACUGUAUCGCUUAUGGAAAUUUAAAAUGCUUCAUUUUAAGGAGGCUGGCAGAACAAAGUAUGGCUUAGAAGCAUUUUAUUUUGUAGCAGAUCAGCUUUCACUGCUUAGCCCACACGAGGCCCAUCGCCAACUGUGGAACAGAGGCUUUAACCUUCGAGGUGGUGCUGGUAACAACGUUCCGUUAGACUUGAUGGUUGAACACAACAAUAACACCAUCAAAGAAUGGAUCUUCAACCAGGGUGCUAACGUAUCCUUUGAAUCUGCACAGCUGGUAAGCCAGGCCUCACAAGGCAUAGAAGCUGUGCUGGAUAAUCUGGAUGUUUCACUUGAAGUUGGCAAAGAAUCUAGCAAACAUGCCAGAGUGGACAAACAGAAGGAUGUUUUUAGAAUAGCUCAGGAGGUUCUACACCAAAAGAUGGGUGUGUAUUGUCCUGGACGUUCCUAUAAAUCAUUUAUGGGGAUGGAGCGUGAUGUCUUGCAUAAACUGAAGCCAUCAUCACUGCUCUCUUGGAUCAGAACUCAAAAGCGGAAGCUACAUAUGCAAGAGGUGGUUUACUCUCCAUCUGCUUUCUGA